UUUUUUUUUUUAAUGUUCCACGUACAAGUAGCAAAACAAGGGAGGGGGGAAGUACAUCCACACACAUACCCUGGCAGUGUUUCAUUCCCGCUCUCCUAACAAGCACCAGCAGGAAGGAGGAAGGAAGCACAGCAGGGACGGACCGUGUUGUGGGGGGGCAGCAGCGGCGGCAGCAGCAGAAGCAAAGAAAGGAAAGCUCAGCCAAAAGCGUCGAGAAGCCACACACGCAGCUCUCCACCUCUUCUGUGCGCGGAUUGCAGCCCCACUCGGCUUUUGUCUGGAAAAGGGGGUGGAAUUCAUGGGUCCCCCAAGUUGCAUCGUGGUCCGAAGCCUGCUUCGUUUGGCCUGAGAAAGGAUUAUUAACCGUUGAUUCCAGGGCCUCUCCUCCCAGCGACGGACAACAAGUUCCUUCUAGAAUAAUGGCUGGCUCACAAAUCAUUCCUCAAGCUUUAUACUUGAGCAAUAUGCUGAAAGCUGUGAAGAUCAGAGAGAGAAUGCCUGAAGACCUUGUCAAGUGCACCAAUGGGAUGAUCCAUCAUUUUAAAACUAUGCAUAGGUACACCAUAGAGAUGUUCAGGAUGUGUCAGUUUUGCCCUCAGUUUCAGGAGAUUCUUCAAAAAGCUCUUUUUGACCAGGCAACCCAAACUUCACUAGAACGUCAACGGAAGCUGAACUGGUGUCGAGAAGUUAAAAAACUUAUGCCACUGAAGACUAAUGGAGAUGGAAAUUGCCUCAUGCAUGCCACAUCCCAGUACAUGUGGGGUGUCCAAGAUGUUGACCUUGUCCUGCGAAAAACGCUAUUUAGUGCACUCAGGGAAGUUGACACACGCAACUUUAAAUUGCGUUGGCAACGGGAAACACUUAAAUCUCAAGAAUUUGUGGAGACAGGACUCUGCUAUGACACCAGGAACUGGGAGGAAGAAUGGGAGAACCUCAUUAAAAUGGCAUCGGCAGAAAUGUCAGUCGCCCAACAGGGCCUUCAGUAUAACUCACUGGAAGAAAUUCACGUCUUUGUUCUCGUUAACAUCCUGAGGCGACCAAUCAUCGUUGUUGCAGACAAAGUACUGAGAAGCCUGCAGUCAGGUUCAAGCUUUUCCCCUGUGAACGUUGGUGGAAUUUACCUACCUCUCCACUGGCCUGCAGAAGAGUGUUAUCGAUACCCCAUUGUCCUCGCCUAUGACAGUAUGCAUUUCACACCACUGGUUGUGCUGCAAGACAGUGGCCCAAAGAUCCGGGCCAUUCCACUAGUCACCUGUGAAAGAGGCAGGUUUGAAGACUUGAAGGUGCACUUUCUUACAGACACUGAAGAAAGGGAGAAAGAAAAACUGCUAAGGGACUAUCUGAUGGUGAUAGAAAUUCCUGUGCAAGGCUGGGAUCCUGGUACAACCCAUUUCAUUAAUGCUGCCAAGUUGGAUGAAGGCAACUUGCCCAAAGAGAUCAACCUAGUGGAGGACUACUUUCAGCUGGUGCAGCACGAGUACAAAAAGUGGCAAGAAAGCACUGAACCUGCCAGGAGAGAAUGGGGUGCAAGGGAUCGGCUGGAGCUGCACCUGUCGCAGCUGUCACUUGUGGAGGCCAAGUGUGAGACGCCCAACUGCCCUUUCUACAUGUCUGUGAGCACCAAGCCUUACUGCCAUGAGUGCUUUGAAGAGAGGCAACGGGGCACUAAGCCCAGGAGGAAGACUUUCCAGGCAGGGUGUGAGAAACCCCAAGCAAAAAGCUCUGGUUCACCAAAGGAGGAGCGAAGCAAGCCUGGUGCACGGACUACUGAAGAGACAGUGACAGGGCCUCGCUCUGCGCCCCCUACAGCCCCAAGCCUCUUUCUGUAUAGUGAAACCACUGCCAUGAAGUGCAGGACUCCUGGCUGCCCUUUCACCCUAAACAUGCAAUAUAAUGGGCUCUGUGAACGCUGCUACAACUCCCCAGAGCUGAAUCCCUGCCAUCAGCCAAAGGAUUUGGACGGUGUGACCUGCACAUUCUGCUUUCAGAACACCAAUAGGACCUUCAAUGGGAUGUGCAGUGCUUGCUUUAAAAGGACUAGAGACUGCUUAGCAAGCACUGGCUCAGCCACCGCACCUUCAGGCCAUCAGAGAUCCACGUCUGACCCAACCCAUCUUUCACAGAGCUUCCUGCAGCAUUCCUGCCAUGCACCAACUGGCAUUGAUACGAAGGAGCAGGAGGAGCGGAAGGGAAACAGUAAAUGCAGGAAGCCUGGCUGCAACUUUUUUGGGACUUUUCGAAAUGAAGGCUUUUGCACGCUGUGUUAUUUUGAGUACCAGGAAAACAAAGAUACAUCACUGGUUCAUCAGAGAAGGUCUCAGCGGAGUGUGGAGCAUUCCGGAACCUCUGCUGCCAUGUACCAGAACACGGUGUCCUGCCUUGGUCAAGAGUGUGGCACAAUAGGAAACACAAUGCUUGAAGGAUACUGCCAGAAAUGUUUCAUUGAAGCACAGAGCAGGAGGCUCCGUGAAGCCAGAAGAACUGAUGAUCAACUAGUGCGUCAGUCAGAAAGAACGGGACCGCACAGAGAGUUACACCAGACAACCGCAAGCUCUCCGAAACGGACGUGUGCCACGGCCUCUUGUAGGAACAACUUAGCGUCCAGGAGCAGUGACCUUUGUCAGGAGUGCGUGCGUGUCAGCCAGCGGGGACAGUCUGGGGGAUCUCGGAGGGAUGCUGCAAUGGACGAGCUCCCCAAGCAGCUCUGCCGAGCCCCUGCCUGCGACCACUAUGGCAAUAACAAGUGCAAUGGCUACUGCAAUGAGUGCUACCAGUUCAAACAGAUCUAUGGGUAGCGAGAAAGAAUGGACAGCUGUUUUUGCCAAAGAGAAAAUGGUGCUUCAUUCACAACACUCAAUUGUCCUGCCAUGAGCCAGUCUUAUUCAAUGUCACUGAAAAAGACAUGUGACUUUGCAGGGAAAAUGAUAAGCUGAAUCUUUGUAUAUAUGUAAACACAUGAGUGUGUGUGUGUGUGCGUGCACGUGUGCAGUGUGCUUUCAGGACAGGUUGCCUUUGUGAGAAGUUUCUGUGGAAUCCUUGACUACAUGCUCUUCUCCAGAACUUGGUGGACUUUGUUCUGUGCCAUAGGCAAACAAGAUGAACAUAGACCUGGCUUCUUGCAUGUCCAGUUUGCUGGUGCCUCUCUUGCAAAUCUUCUGAAUAUCUAGUGUGCUGUGUGCAGGGAAACAUGAAAGGUUUGAGAUGAAGAGCUUGUGCAUGAUAUCCAUCACAUGACCUGGGACUAGUUACCCCUGAAAAUGCUGAUCUCUGGGGAAAACCACGAAUGAAACAAGUUUAUUGGCAAGUUGUGGGAGGCAUCUUUUAAACUUUUGCUGGCUUAACAGUGUUUUUAAAUAGCUGGUCUAAUUUUGUUUUUCCUUAUUUCAGAGCUUCAGCACACACAGAACAGCUAUAACCUGUUCUGUAUACUACCUGGCCACCUAAGGUUGAUCAGUAGUGUUCUCCCAUUUAACAUUCAGUAUGCAUUUGAAUGAGGGAAUAGCUGUUAACCCAUCAUAGUUUAGAAAUAUGAAAGGAACUUGGGUAUGUUUCUUCCAAGUAGCUAAAAUGGGAAAGUUUUCUCAGACUGAGAGAAUUUUCUUUAGAUGUAGAAGUUAAUACAUAAUUGUUGGCACAUAAUGGGGUAAAAAAGUGACUAAAAAUGGUUUGUGGUUGUCUCAUUCAUUUCAGUGGCUCUACUACAUAGGGCCAAUAUCCUGUAAAUCUGUUUGCAGGGAUGGUAAAUCAGCACACGUCCUGUGGUCAGUCAGUCAAUCUGUCUGAAACACUGGGGGUUUUCCGAGCUGCUUAUUCAUCUUGUCUGCUUUUGCAAGCUGGACGCAGAAGGAAGCUGAAAUGUCCCAGUCUAGAUGUCAGUGGGAAAUAAAGCCACACCUGCUGUUCAUACUGCAUUCUCAGACCUAAAGCGUCUAAAGUAGGGCCAAGAGCAUGGAGUGAAGAGCAAAAUGGAGUAACAGGGUUCAGCCUUGUCUCUUUUUCCUUUCACGCCCUCCCCUGUAUUGUGACUACUGUUGUGAAUGUCAUGUGGUUGAAUCAUAUCAGAUAUUGAAAGGAAUGCCUACUCAGUGCAGCUCCUCCACAAGCCUCAGCUACUUCCAUAGGGCCAAGUAUGAGUUUUCAGUCAAGGUUAUCCUCACCGCAGUUAUCUGCCCCAUCCCUGCUUGUGCUGCAUUACAUGUCAAGGAAAUGGUAUCAAGAACUCUGCAGUCUAGAUCUUCAUUUCUUUCCCUGCCCACUCAUGAGUUUCUUCCUUCUGCUUUAUGUAUGACUUGUGGAAAAGAACAUGCACACAAAUCGAUGCUUGUUCCGCUUUGCAUGUGUGUAUAACUGUUCAUUAGCUUUCUCUCUUCUUCUUAACCAGAAACCAUGUUUAACCUUCAGUCUCUGUGUUGUUGAACUUUCUUUAUAUAAUUUUGUGAAGUUGCUCAAAUGUGAAAUGUUAAAAUAUUUAUGUUAUUUCAAAAAUAUAAUUUUAAAUUUGCACAUUUUGGUAUAAUUUACUGUUUAUUACAUUUCCCCCAAACCCUCUGUGUAAGUAUAUAAUGAGCAAAUUCAAGAGCAAAAAUAAAUUAUUUAAGAAUU